AUGGCGGCCGACGUUGGAGCAGCUGGGGUGCAGCUGCUGGAUUCACGUGGAGUCGGCAAGGUGCCGACGUUUUCGGGCAAGAGGGAGGACUUCGAAGAUUGGAUCUUCCCGUUCGAGUCCUUCUGCGGUCUGCUGGGCUGGACGGCGGGCCCGGACAGGUCGCGAGAGGCUGAGGAGCCGCUGACGGCGGACGACCUCGGCGAGCAAGGAGUGCGGGUCGGCAGGAGCUUGUACCACCUGCUGGCGAGCACCACGAAGGGCACGGCGCAGAGCAUCGUCAAGCUCUGCCCACGAGGCGAUGGCUUCGAGGCGAUGCGGAGGCUGUACAAGGAGUACCGUCCGCGGCUGAACGAGGAGCACGGCCAGAUGCUCCAGCAGAUCUUGACGCCGCUGUGGUGGAAGGAUCGCGAAGGCAAGGAGCGCUUCACGGAGGUGCUCAUCGCCUGGGACGAGCUGAUCUCGAGGUAUGAGCGCGCGACUGGAGAGCAGGUCGCGCAAAACAUGAAGACGAGCGCGAUCAUGGCCCACGCGCCCGAGGUGGUGAGGGUCAUGCUACGCUCGGCGCAGCGCGAGGUGCGCAGCGACAUCACGCAGAUGAGGAACUGCAUCUUCGAGGCGGUGAUCGGCCAGAGUGGAGUGGUCGCGAAGCCGCCGACAGCGAACAGGGGGAGCAAUGACAUGGGCGUCGACGCGAUCUCCAAGGGCAAGGACGGCAAGGACAAGUGCCAGAUCUGCCGCAAGCCGAGCCACGCGGCCCGCGACUGCUUCUGGCGCGACAAGGGCAAGCAGAAGGGCGACGGAACAGGCCACAAGAAGGCGGACUGCAAGAAGCGGAUCGCCGAUGAGAAGGCAAAGGGUAAUGCAGCUAUCGAGCAGGAGAGCACGGACCCGAAGACGGUGGGCAAGAUAGAGUACGCGGAGUACGAGUGCGAGAUCUGCGACGACGACCAGCUCUACUGCAUGGCGAUGAAGGCGGAGGAUCCCGAGACGGAGUGCUGCGGCAUGGAGCUCGAGGAGACGACCUUCAUCGCGCUGGACACGGCGAGCGACUGCCACGUGGGGGCGAUUUGCUUCGGAGAAGGUUGCAAGGAAGGCGAGGGUCGAGGACCGAGGCAGCUGGAUGCGCAGCGGAAGGAGAUCAAGAUGGACUCCAUUGCGACGGUGCCAAUGGCUGUUGUCGACGACUGCGAGCAGCCAAAGCUGCUUAAGGCGGACUUCAGGCUGGGUGACGCGGUAUCGAAGCCGAUCCUCUCGUUGCUGGAGGUGAUGGACAAGGGUGCCGAGUUCUGGCUGAUCGCGAAGACGGGCAUGUGCAUGUACCCUGGCGGUGACCUCAGCAAGGGCAUCCCGCUCACCAGGAAGAACAACACGUUGGGCUUCAACGCAAAGACCUUCAAGACAGCGACGGAGGCGAAGGAGUUUGCGGCCAGCGUGAACGCGAAUGAGCAGCAGGAGGAGGACAUGCGGGCGAGGCUCAAGGAGAUAGGCCAGCCGAUCUGCGGCAGGAAGGACGAGCUGUGGGCUAGGCUCAGCGACGCGGAGCGGAGGCUCACGGCACACCACAUGAAGAUGAAGGAGCUGGAGCGCAGGCACGAGGAGUCCGUUCAAGGAGGACCCUCGAUAGCACCACGAGAAGUAGCAGGGCCAGCAGCGCCCACGGAUGCAGACCGAGCAGCUCAUGAACUGCUUCACCUCACGAGGGCGCCGUGGUGCGAAGCCUGCGCGCGAGGGAACGAGACGACCAUGCCGCACAAGACCCUCACAUUCGACCAGAAGGACACUGGGAAAGCUCAGAUCACCAUGGACUUCUGCUACCUGAAGACCAACGGCGACUGGGCGGAGAUCGGAGAGGUGGAGCCGCCAGCGGCGGACAUCUUCGCGACGACGCUCGUGAUGGCGGACAGGGACACGCUGAUGUUCAACGCAGUUUCGAUGCCCACCAAGGCGGUCACGGACUACGCAAUAGCCAGCGUGAGCAGCUUCAUCGAGGGCAUGCAUCUCACGACGGCGGACAUCAAGACGGUUGGCGAGCCCGCGAUCGUGAACUUGGUGGAGGAGGUGCGGAAGAAGCUGAACAAGAGCAUCAAGCUGGAGGAGAAGCGUGGGAACCUGAAGGACAGCCAGAGCAUGGGCGCGAUCGAGGCUCCGAUCAGAUGGUUUCAGGCGAAGGUUAGGACGUACACAUUCGACUUGGAGAAGCGCUAUGGCAUGAGGAUCGCAGCGGACGCACCGAUUUGGUGCUGGCUUACGCGAUACGUUAGCUGGGCUACCUCUACGUACAGACCACGAGCCGAUGGGAGGACAUCCCAUCAGGCAGCCUACGGAGCGACCUACAACGGAGAGAUUCCCCCCUUUGGUGAGACGGCUCUCUUCAAGACCCCGAUCUCCCACACGAGGGAGAUCACGACCACGUCUCUGAAGCGCAAGGGCGAGUCGAGUUUCGUGGAGGGCAUCUGGGUCGGGAAGCACAAAGAGAGCGACGACCACUUGUUCUUGACGCCAGCAGGCUGGCACCGCGCGAGAACAUGCAGGCGGCUGGGGCCAGCGUUGCGAGCAGACGACAAGCUGACGAAGGCAGUGGAGGCCCUACCCUGGGGCGCGAGGAGCGCCAAGCCGUGCGAGCUACUGCCCAGGAUUCAGAGGCCGAUGCCCACGAUCGUUCUGACGGCGGCGGAGCAGAAGGCGGAGAUUGAGGCGCAGGAGGCAGCGCGAGAGGCGACGCCACCCCAGGGGGCGCCCGAGCAGGGGGCGCGGCCGGCUGCAGCAGCGAGCGCGGAGCCAUCGCUAGCACCUGCGGGACCUGGAGUUGGAGCGGCAGCGGCGGCAAGGCCAGAGGGGAAGAGCACGACGGAUGCGGACGUGCCGAUGACACCCCGAGGGCUGAUCAGACCUGCCGAUGCUGAGGACUUCGGCGCACCAGGCAAGCGCGCGAAGCACGUGGACGCAAUCUCGCUCGACGACCCUAUCGAUUACAGCAUCCUGGACAGGUGCUGGCGCACUAUGGUGUUCACAGGGACAUCGAGCGAGAGCGGCGAGUUCAAGAAGAUCAAGGCGCGCCGGGAGCCGCAGAUGCGAGGAUGUAUCUGCAAGUGGCGGUAUGUGGCGCAGGAGUUCAAGUGGAUGGAGCAGCGCGACGACGUGUUCGCAGCGAGUUCGUCAGCACAGACGAGCAGGCUGGUGGACUUCGUCAGCAUCAAGGAGGAGAACCACGGGACCUUCAUCGCAGACUGCGUGAAGGCGUACUACCAAGCGGACCAGACGGAGAAGGUUCGCGUGGGGCCACCUGCUGAGUAUCUGGCGAUCUUGGCGGAGAUGGGCAAGCCGACCGACAUUGUUUGGGCGCUAGACAAGAUGCUACCUGGGCAGCGUGUGGCAGACGCUGGCUGGGUAGACAAGGCGGCGAAGACUCUGAUGGGGGCGGGCUUCGACAGGAGUGAGUGUCAGCCGCAGUUCUACUACCGCAGGGAGAAGGAGAUCCUGAUCGAGGUGCACAUGGACGGCUUCCACGGAGAGGGUCCAAUCGGCAACCUGGACGGGGUCAUCAGACCGCUGCGGGAGGUGUUCGACCUGAAGGCGACGGACGUCAUCAGGCAAGGACGCCACUCGCACUUGAAGCGCGACAGGCUGAGGCUCAUGAACGGCAACAUCAUGCUGAGGCCGAGCGUGAAGCACAUCGACGACCUGAUUUACGUGAUGGGCAUGGAGAAGGCCAAGCCAGCGAAGGUGCCGAGCUUGACUGAGGAGGGCCCGACAUGGAGCCCCGACUUGGACGAGAUCGAGAGGGCGAAGUUUCGCACAGGAGUUGGGAUCGCGCUCUACAUCUCGCCCGACAGAGCGGACAUCAGGCGGGGCGUGCAGCUGCUGACCAGGAACCUGAGUCAGCCGACGGAGUUUGACAGGAAGCGCUCGGUGAAGCUGCUGCGGUACUUGAAGGGGACACAGACGUUCGGAGUACUUUUGGAGAAGCCAACUGGGAGCAAGCCUGGAGAGGUGAAGCUGCAGUUGUUCACGGACGCGGACUUUGCGACGUGCAAGGAGACGAGGCGUGCGAUGACCUGUGGGAUCACAAAGCUGGACGGGGUGCACUUCGCAGCGUUGGCGAGGAGGCAAGGAGUUCAGAGUGCAUCCUCAGGCGAGGCGGAGCUCUACGGCGCGACCUCGGUGGUGAUGGACGGCAAGCUGGUGAAGAACAUGCUGGAGUGGUUGGGCUACGAGGUGGCCUGGGAGCUCGGGAUCGACAGCAGCGCCGCGAAGGCGAUGAUCAACCGCGAGGGCGUCGGCAAGGUGAAGCACCUGGACGUUCGGGCGCUGUGGAUCCAGCAGGAGCGGAAGGUUCACGGACUGAACAUCAAGAAGGAGAGCGGAACCAAGAACAUGGCCGACCUGGGAACCAAAGCGCACACCACAGAGCGGUUCGAGUACCUGCGAGAGCUCGCUGGCAUCAUCGACUGCAGCGAGAUGGAUGAGCACAAGGAGCUGGAGGCGACAAAGCUGCAGGACUGGAUCGGUGACCAUAUGACACUGAUCAUCCUGAGCGUGCUGAUGAUGACAUUCGCGGCAGGUGCACUGCUCGGGUGUUGGAGCCGCGAGAAGUGGACGACGAUGAAGAGCUCCACGGAGCUAAAGCUGGUCAAGCAUGCGAAUACCCCGAAUCGGAGCAAGGAGCUGAUCAACAAGGCGAGGUUCACGGACAAGCCGAUGACGGAGGAGAAGGCGAGUCAAUCGCCGUGCACAUACAAGUGGAAGUACGCGACGCCGAG